AAAUCUCACCUUGAUGAAAUAUAUUUAUGUUGGAUAUAAAUUGUGGCUAUAUUACAAAAAUCUCUUUUGAUUGUUUUAGUAUUUUCAUCUUUAUUAACUUGUGAUUGAUAAGUCUAUUAAGUCCCUAUAUCCGAGAUGAUAAGUUGCAAGAAUUGCAAUAGUAAACUCAUCACUUCUUAUACAUGUUGAUUUUUUGUAGGACUACUAUACUAAUACAUAUCAAAAUAUAAUCUACAAAUUAGUUGAUGCUGCGUACACUUCCACAUAGUUAAGAAUAUAAAUUCUAAUUUAAUUAAUUGACUAGGAAAACUCAAUUGAUUUAUAAAUAAUUUCACAAUUCAUAAUCCCGUGCAACGCACGGGUGAAAGACUAGUAAAAGUAUAAAACAGAACUGAGGAUAGUAUGAAACCGACCGUGUCGUGGGCUAAGAUACCAACAUCUCUAAUGGGCCUUGGCAGUCCAAAUUUCUAACGGCUCGCGUGUCUUUCUAAAAUGAAAAUGGAGUUGUAAACAAGGGGAAAUCCUAGAAACCGAUUCUGAACUUUCUCUCUCUUCAAUAGCUUUCUCUCACAGACAAAGACAGGCAUCAAUGGCGACUGCACGUGAGGAGAACGUGUACAUGGCGAAGCUUGCAGAGCAAGCUGAACGGUACGAAGAGAUGGUGGAGUUCAUGGAGAAGGUGGUAGCGGCCGCGGACGGCGCCGAGGAGUUGACCGUGGAGGAGCGCAACCUUUUGUCCGUUGCCUAUAAGAAUGUGAUCGGCGCUCGCCGUGCUUCGUGGCGUAUCAUCUCGUCAAUUGAGCAAAAGGAGGAGGGCCGCGGAAACGAAGACCACGUUGCCUCAAUUAAGGACUACAGAUCUAAGAUCGAGUCAGAGCUUACCUCGAUCUGUAACGGCAUUCUCAAGCUCCUCGACUCUAAGCUCAUCGGCGCUGCUUCAUCCGGUGAUUCAAAGGUCUUCUAUUUGAAGAUGAAGGGUGACUACCACCGCUACUUGGCUGAGUUCAAGACCGGAGCCGAGAGAAAAGAGGCCGCCGAGAACACACUCUCCGCUUACAAGUCUGCCCAGGAAAUUGCCAAUGCGGAACUAGCUCCUACACAUCCCAUUCGUCUUGGCCUAGCUCUCAACUUCUCAGUAUUUUACUAUGAGAUCUUGAAUUCUCCAGACCGUGCUUGUAAUCUUGCCAAGCAGGCCUUUGAUGAAGCAAUUGCAGAGCUUGACACUUUAGGAGAGGAGUCCUAUAAGGACAGCACUCUGAUUAUGCAGCUUCUUCGGGAUAAUCUCACCCUGUGGACAUCAGACAUGCAGGAUGAUGGAGGAGAUGAGAUCAAAGAAGCUGCCAAACCUGAUAAUGAGCAAUGAAGUCAUUGAACCUUGUGAAACUUUGAAGAAAGCCUUGUUUUAGCUUGCUGCCAGGUUGAAAUUGUGCUUUCUAGUGCUAGGCUUAAUUUCAAGCAUUUGCAACUUCUGAAAGAUCUACUUUAUAUUUUAUGUUUCUAAUCCUUGGUUCUUAUUAAUUUUUUCCUACUUGAUUUUGUCAUUGGGAUGGUUUCCUUUUCCUCAAAGGAACUUUGCAUUAAGCUAUAUUUUUUUUACUAUAUACCUAUUAUCGGAGUUUAGUUUUAGAAAUUACCUCUCGAAUUAAUUGUGUUCAGUAUAGUUCACCAAUCUUGAUUUUUUGGUACACAUUGUGAGUUUGUGACAGA